UUUUCUUUUUCCCUUUCUUUCUUUUCUCUUUUCUAUCAUGACAUACGCCAUUAUUCUCUUUCUUCUUCCAUUCGCAAUGGCAAUUCCAUUGUUGAACAAACGCGGUACUGGUGUCCAUCUUGAUGUUCAAUCCGAAUCUGACUUUUGCUCUUACUUACCGCCAAAGCAAGGUCAAUUGGUAGCCGCUACAGAAGAAGACGCGAGUCCGUUCUGUACUGUUGCAAAAGAUUACGCUGCUGCUUUUCCUCUGGGAUUUAUUCAAUCUGCUCAUUUCUUACGUACCAAAGAUUUUUUUCAAGUAACAGGAAAGAUAGAUCAUACUAAAUAUAACCUUAUCUCUACGGAUGGAGGGGGACAAUAUGACCACAAAGACUUGCCCCAUGGCACUUGCAAUGGUCUCAAAUAUUUUGUCAACCUUGUUGAACCUGACAGUAAUGUGUUUUGUAUCCGAUGCUGUCAAAAGAAAAAAGACUGUAAUACAGGUAUUUCGACACAGGGUUGUCGUCGUAUAGUACCUGGUAUAUAUCAAUAAAGAACAUGGGUUCAUCUGAAGUUUUGAUUCAUUUUGCUUGUGUUUGGUAUUUCCUCAAUGCAGUCAAAAGGUACUUUUAUACUUAAACCCCCCCCCCUCCCCCAGAUCUCCCUGCAUAAUUGAACGGACAUUGACCUAAUUCGAAUAAAUGCGGUCAUUCAAGCUUGA